AUGGUGAACACGGACCUCCUCAAGAAGCAUGCCUCGCAGUACAAGAUGGAUAAGAACACUGCAGUGGAAUUUCACAAACAGUAAGUAAUCUGUUGAAUUUUAUUUAGACGCUUGAUUUAUGUACACAGUGUUCUAGUUAAGUUCUUAUUUUCAGAUUGUUCAAAAAACAUCCAGAAAUGGCCGAGCAUUAUGGAGCCGAUGGCAUCGACCCCGACCGUCUGGGAGCCUCUCAGAAAUUUGUAAUGUUUGGAUCUUCUGAAUUACAGUACUUUUUCCAACUUCCUGGAGCUUUUGGUGAAGACAGGAAGUGGAGAUCAUCCCUUUCAAACUUCAAGGAACAGUACAGCGAUGUCGGAGUUCCUCUUAGCGAGUUCCAUGUAAGCGAAAAUUGUGAGAUUACUGUAAUUUCAUGUGUUUUUUUAGAAAGUGACGGACGCCUUUUUGGCAGCCAUGGAAAAGAAUGCCGGAGGGGUUUCAGCUGAGCAGAAGAAGAACUGGGAAGAACUCCUAACAAAGGCCUACAACGACAUGAAGUCGUGGAAAUGGUUCUGA